UCAAUUUAUACUGUUAAAAUGCUUUGUUAUACAGGAAAACCUGUAACCCGAAUACCGAUAAUGGCCAAACAAGUACUGGAUCUUUAUGAGUUAUACCGCCUUGUCGUCCAGCAUGGAGGUCUUGUGGAGAUCAUUAACAAAAAGCUUUGGCGAGAAAUCACUAAAGGUCUCAACUUACCUUCCAGCAUUACAUCAGCAGCAUUCACACUUCGAACUCAGUACCAAAAGUAUCUUUACGAUUAUGAAUGUGAAAAAGAGGCGUUAUCGAAUCCAUCGGAUCUCCAAGCAGCUAUCGAUGGGAAUAGGCGAGAAGGUACACAUUAA